UUCAGAUCGAGUAAAUUGAUUUAGCGAGUUUCAAUAUAUAAUUGAGUUAUUUAUAUUUGUAUAUUUGGUAGGAAUUGUCUAACUGUCUUCUAUUGUCUAAAUCUUAAAACGAGUCAUCGAAAUCGGAAAACAUUAGAAAAAGAAAGGGGAUAAUGGAUUCAAAGAUUGUUCACAUAUUUCAAAAAGACAGUGGCUCAACACGUGAUGACGUUUGCAGAUAUUUAACGAAAAAUGUAAACGGACGACAGAACAUUGAUGAUAGCUUUUACGUAUUUGACCUUGGAGAAUUAACAAAGCUGUACGCUCUGUUGGUAGAACUGCUUCCCCGAGUAAAACCAUUCUAUGCAGUAAAAGCUUCUCCUUAUGAUACAGUGAUCAGUGCGUUGAUGGAACUAGGUACAGGAUUUUAUUGUGGAAGCCAGGAUGAACUUCUUCAAGCAAAAAGACUUGGUGUGAAUUCCAAAAAAAUAAUCAUGGCAAAUCCCUGUAAGCAAAUUUCACAUUUGCAGACAGCAAAGAAACAUGGAGUAAAAAUGAUGGUUUUCGACAACGAAGAUGAAUUGAAAAAACUGAAAAAAUAUCAUCCAACGUCACGAUUGGUUCUGAGAAUUCACGUUCAAGAGGAUGGCAAGAAAAAUUAUUUUAGUUUAAAAUAUGGAGUUACGUCCAAAAAAGCAAGGGAUCUUAUACUAAUGGCGAAAGAAUUUCACAUGGACGUCGUCGGCAUCAGUUUCCAUGUCGGCGCUUUACUGGGAGAUAAAUCAGAUCAGUAUAAACGAGCGUUGUUAGACGCAAAAGAGUUAUUCGAUUUCGCUGAGAAGAAUAAUAUAUCGUUCAGUUUGCUUGAUAUCGGCGGGGGUUUUAGAGUGACGGAUCCUUUCUUACAACAGACUACGUCUUCGAUCAACAUUAUUCUUGAAGAGCUGUUUCCAGUUUCAAAACAUCCCGAUUUGGAGAUAAUAUCUGAACCAGGAGCUUUUCUUACUGACACUGCUUUCACACUGGCAACGAAUGUAAUAGGGAGAAGAGAAAUUGAAGAUCUCGAAAGUACUUACCACUAUUAUGUGAAUGAUGGAAAAUUUGGAUCUUUUCUCAGUCAGUUCAUGUUGAAUAGAGACAUGGGAUAUUUUUUCAUAUCUGAGUCAAUGAAGCAAAAAUCAACAUUCAAGUCCAGAGUUUGGGGUCCAGUAUUGACAUCUAUGGAUGAAGUGAUAGACAAUGUUUUUCUUCCCCAACUUGACAUAGGAGAUUGGAUAUUCUGGAGAAAUAUGGGAGCAUAUUCUUUUGCAUUCAAUUCUAGUUUCAAUGGAUAUAGAACAAAAACAUUUUAUGAUGUCAUUUCAAAAGAAGAUUUGAUACUUUUUCAGCAAUUGCGCAAGAAGGAAACGUCUUCCCGUUUUUGUUUCCAAAACUUAGAAUAUAAAUGAAGAAGGAGAGUAACGAGGAACUCGCUCGAUUUAUUGUUACAAAUAUAUGAUCCGCAUAGAUUUAAAGUGACAUAUAAGGAAGCUAGAACUCGUUGCAGUAACUUUUGAUAAAUACAUCAUUAUUUAUUUGCAA